CCGCUUCACGGCGCUGACGUCUAUUUGUUAAGCCAUAUCAUAAUGGAUCAUCCACUUAGUACCUGUAUUGCUAUUCUUCAGUAUAUCAUCAAGGUGAUGAAAUCUGACCAUUCAAGAAUUCUUAGCCACGAUUUUCUUGAUCCUGAGAAGGAAGAAUAUAUAUCUCGCUUUCUGAACAAGCUGGACUUUCACAUAAUAGCAAGCCUGAACUGCUUCUCAAAUUUUCUCAAAGACUGGUUAGAAGUAUUUCACAGCGCAGACCCAGUACUUCAGUUGAAGAGAAUAUUUAAAAGGUCAAAAAAUUCAGUAGUAUUUGAGCUAAUAUUAGAAGAAUAA